CGUUAGUCUAGAUUCAUUAUGGCUCAUGUUUCGAACCAUUAACAUAUCCUUUUGCCAAACAGCUUAGGCCGUUGCGCAACGAGCGUCAUGGAGCCCGUGGGUCUAGGGCUGUCGGUCCUCGCCCUCUACAUCGAGUGUAUCAAAGCAUACAAGAUCUUUUCCACGGCGAGCUGUCUCAGCUCUGAUCUGCGCAUACUCAGAACAAAGUUUCAGAUCGAGGAGACUAGGCUGACACAAUGGGGAACGUAUUGGGGGUAUCGAUCUUCUCCAGAAGAAUGUGCCCUAGAUGCUUCCAUUGACAAUGCGGGACAAAAUGUGGCGGUGACGGUUCGAUUGACGCUUCAGCAGAUCGCCACGCUGCUGAAGGAGUACUCUUCCUUGACGGCCAAGUAUGAUGGUGUGCAACGCGGCGGAGGUCUAGUGUACCGAGGAAUGACAUGGGCGCUCAAGGACAAGGCAACUCUGGAGACGACUGUCCAGAACUUGACCGACUUUAACAACGCUCUCCACCAACUUCUGCCAAAGAAAAGCGAACUGUCCCUGUCGCAGGCAGUGGCUUGUGCCCUUACGCAGGAGAAUGACAAGGAUGAUCUCGAUAGUAUCAUCGCUGCCGCGGCGAGUCUGCACCACGUCGACGUAGCUAAGCUAGCAAGGUUCAAAAGAGCCUACCAGCUGUUAGCGUUGGAAGAAGAAGAGCACGACUCCCGUCCGCCUGCGCUGCUCUCUUCUCUUCAGCUCGAUGAGGGUAGGAUCCAGUUGUCCACGAGACACGCCACCAAGGAGCGCACACUAGCCAAUCUGGAUGGCGAUACACGUGUCAUUGUCGAGUGGAAAUCGUAUCAUCCGAGCAUGCUCUCUGGAAGCCUUACAGCCCGGCAAACGCUGCGUAACCGGGUCACACACCUCGCAGAGCUUAUGAGCUCGAAUACACAGCGCCCGGACGGAUUCAACGUCCUCACGUGCGUUGGGUACUUUGACCAGGCUUCCUCCGAGCACUUUGGAUUCGCCUAUGACUUCCCUCGGGACGUCGUGCGCCAUAUGCCCUUCACUCUCGAUGAGCUUUUCACAUCGUCCAGUGCGCCUGCGCUAGGCACACGAUUCAAGCUGGCUCUGUCGCUCGCGCGGACGUUGAACCUGCUCCAUUCCAGCGGCUGGCUUCACAAGUCCAUCCGCUCCAACAACAUUGUCAUCUUCCAGGCGGGGAACAACAACGAGCCGGAGUACGAGAAACCAUAUCUGCUUGGGUUCGGUUUUUCUCGUCCUGACGGAUACCAUGAGGAGACGUUCCUCGAGCAGUCCGCCGUGGCAUCCACGAACCAGCUCUACCGCCAUCCUGAGGUACAAGGCCAAUGUGCGAGACGAUACACCGCAUCAGAUGACAAUUACAGCCUCGGUCUCGUGCUCUUGGAGGUCGCACUUUGGAUGUCUUUGCCCAAGAUCGAGGGUCGAAAGCAGACGACCAGCGAGCACGUGCCCCUGAAUCGGGACAAAAUCAAGGCGACCGUGUCUUCCUUGCCCAAGCGGGUUGGGACGAUCUAUAAAGAAGUCGUGGAGACGUGUUUGAAUCUAGAUCAAGGCCGAUUUGUGCUUCCAAAAGAAGUCACCCCUCCAACUGCGAAAUGGGAGGCAGAGCGGUUGCGUAGCCAGAAUAUGUUUUACUGGGACGUGGUAAAAAGGCUGGAAGAAUGCAGAGCAUAGAAUAGGAAUCUUGGGCGUAAUUAGGCUCGCCUCCCUCGUACCGAUUUCAGGGCCGAGUCAGUCAGUUGAAUGAUGCUUAGGGUAACUACUGUAUUACAGUAGACCCGACUUUGUACAAGUACAACGCGGGAA